UCUCUCUCUUAUAAAAGUGGGCAUCAUUGAUACUUGGGCAGAUAAUAGGCAUAUCCACCCUAACGAUACCAACGACUCAUUAGUCAUCGUCAGUUUCUAUAGAGAGAGAGAGAGAGGGGAAAAGAAAUAAGAAUGGCGGCGUCGCAGGCGAUUGAUCUGUUGAAGGAAGAGCUUCCGGUGGAGCAGGGCUUUCUCGUUUUGUCCGGCGACGUCAAAACCGGUCUGGUUAUCGUCGACGUCGUCAAUGGCUUCUGUACCGUCGGAGCUGGCCACUUGGCUCCAACAGCGCCCGACAAACAAAUUUCUGGAAUGGUAGAUGAGACUUUGAGGCUUGCAAAAGUGUUUUGUGAUAACCAAUGGCCUGUCUUUGCUUUUCUUGAUUCUCAUCAUCCUGAUGUCCCUGAGCACCCCUACCCUCCUCACUGCAUAGCAGGAACAGAUGAAUCUAAAUUGGUUCCUGCCCUUGAGUGGUUGGAACAUGAACCGAAUGUAACUCUUAGAUGCAAGGAUUGCAUUGACGGGUUCCUCGGUUCAAUUGAGAAAGAUGGUUCCAAUGUCUUUGUUGAUUGGGUGAAAACCAACCAAAUCAAAGUUAUUUUGGUUGUGGGGAUAUGCACAGACAUCUGUGUGCUAGAUUUUGUCUGUUCUGCACUGUCGGCAAGGAAUCGCGGUUUCCUCUCCCCUUUGGAGGAUGUGGUUGUGUAUUCUGGCGCUUGUGCUACUUUUGAUCUUCCACCUCAUGUUGCCAAAACAAUCAAAGCCGCAGCUCAUCCGCAGGAACUGAUGCAUCAUGUAGGCCUUUACAUGGCCAAGGCAAGGGGAGCAAAGGUGGUAUCAGAAGUGUCACUUUGAUGCAUGAAUAAUCUGUGACCAUAACUGUGUUUGGGGAUUCUGGAGUUCAAAAAUUUGCCAAGGUUGGCCAAUGCCUGCUAAUGUAUAGAUGCUUUCUUAUGUCUGUAUAAUUCGCAUAUUACCGAGAAGUAUAUCUAGUAUUCCUAUCUUUGGUCUGUGGUUUGGUGUAAUAUUCACUGUGAAAUGUGUAAAAACUGGUGUUUCUUCGAUCAAGGUUCUAUGUGAAAUGAACUACAAUGCACUUAAUGAAAUGCUAUUGAUGCUCGUUUGUCUAA